UUCGUUUGCUCCUUUGUCCGCUUUUAGCAUUACCAAGUCUAGUUGAAGCGGCGAAGCGCAUCGGACACGUAUAGCCGCAACACAUAGGAUGUAUUUCAAAUAUCGUGAUAGAUCUUUUGCCUAUAUUUGAUUAUAAUGGAUAAACACUUUUGACGAAGUGGUUUCGCACAGUUUGAUGUCGUAGGGGUUGGCGGUGAAGGGAGUCUCCGCCCGCCCUCCGCUCGCGAUGGGCAACCACACGGAGGAUGUCGCCUCCACGCUAUCGUCGUUCUGCGGGCCGCCGGUCGCCGGCGACGACGGCAGCUUCCUGCGCAGCGACUGCCGCACGGGGGCGCUGGCGGCGGGCGUGCACUGCGCGUUCGCCGUCGCCGUGGUGCCGUGCAUCGUCUACCUGCGCCACCGCUACAGGAACAAGUCGUGGCUGCGGCUGCGCUGCCACAACCUCCGCUGGUUGGUGACGACGGCGCUACUAAUGCUGGCGCUCGGAUGGAUCGCGGAAGCCAUCUUGACAGACUGCGCUUCGUCGUCGGCGGCAGCGGCGCGACCGUACGCGCACGUUCUGUCGACGUCCCUACUCGUCGCCGUCACGUGUAGUAUUAUUUAUUACCACACCAUCGAAAUUCGAAAUCUACCUCUGCUGCUCGUACUGCUGCUGUGUUACUGGACGUUGGGCAUCGUGGCGCAUGGCGUGAGGGUAGCCUCGUUGUACAGUAGACUCGCAAACGGCGCCGCCGUCGGCGGUCCGAGGCUGUUCCUCGACUCUUCGGUCUUCAUCCUCUUCGUCGUUCUCCUGCUGAUAGAGUGCUAUCUGUUCCUGCAGGCACGGGUAAGUCGAGUUGCUGCUACUGAGAGCCACUAUCUUACUAUUCUCUAUCUCUACUCCCUCUAGCUCUAUCACCUGUAGUCUAUAUAUCGCUAUGUUACAGAACCAUACAGGCAUGGGUAAGUCACAGGUCUGUCGAAUUGCUGCACCUGAGAGCCACUAUCUUACUAUUCUCUAUUCCUACUCCCUCUAGCUCUAUCACCGAUAGCCAUUAGCCUAUAUAUCUCUCUUUAUGUUACCGAACAA